AUGACCGAUACCGCCACGAUAAAACCAAAUGACGCCGAGAUGAAGAAAUCACGCGCAAUGUCUGGCCGGAGAUCAGACGGGCCUGCGGGCUCGUCGAGCCGUCGCUUGCCUCACCACUACAAUGCCAAUCCUCAAGGCAAUCCUCACAAUCACCCGAAUCUCCAUCGGAUAUACACCGGUAUCCAGCCAGCAGGAGAGAGUGGCAGAUCUGGCAUCAAUGCCCAGAUGUUCUUCAAGAUCUGUUGGCGCUCCACCAGCAGAGCAUCUCGAAUCUGCAACAUCUUCUGGCCCGUCGUUCCAGCAGCCAUUGCAGUCGGCCACCUGCGGCCCGACCUUGGCCUCGUUGUCUUCAUCCUCAAUUACAUCGCCAUGAUCCCUUGUGCUAACUUGAUUGGCUUCGCUGGUCAGGAGCUAGCUAGAAAGCUACACAAGGUCUUUGGCGUCUUGCUCGAGACAACCCUGGGGUCGGUCGUUGAAAUCGUCCUGUUCAUGGUCCUGCUCAAGACCGACCAAUUCGCCGUUAUCCAGGCUGCCAUCCUUGGAUCAGUCUUAGCUACUCAGCUCCUUUGUCUUGGUAUGUGUUUCGUGGUUGGUGGGCUUCGCCACAACGAGUUGAACUUCAGCGAGGUUGUUGGUGAAGUGGGAAGCGACUUGCUGUUGACUGCCGGGUUUGGUCUAAUUGUCCCUGCUGCAUUUCACACUGCCGUUUCUAAUGAUGGCCGCACUUCACCGGAGGAAGUUUCAGACAAAGUCCUCCACAUAUCACGGAUCUCGUCCAUUCUCCUGAUCAUCGCCUAUGUCGUCUACACCUACUUUCAAAUCCGUACCCAUGAGAGUAUUUACGAUGCGAUUUUCGAGGAAGACGAGCACAUGCCUGACCAUCAUGAAGACGGCACAAAGAAAAAGCUGACCUUCACUGAGUGCAUCCUUGCUCUUACCGUUGCCAUCACACUGGUGUCGCUUAUCGCCAUAGCCUUGGUUGAAAAGAUCGAGUUCAUUGUUCAUACCCGAGGCAUAUCGGACAGCUUCAUAGGUCUUAUCCUCGUCCCACUGGUUGAAAAGUUUUCAGAGCAUCUCGGUGCCAUCGACGAAGCUUGGGACAAUCAAAUGAAUAUGGCACUUGCACAUGUUCUCGGCGCAACCAUCCAGACUUCUCUCUUCAAUGGCCCCCUCGUUGUUCUCGUCGGAUGGGCAUUGGACAAGCGCAUGGAUUUGAAUUUCGACCUGUUCAACAUCAUUGUUCUGAUUCUGGGUAUCCUGGUGGUUGGUAACUUCCUAAGAGACCAGAAGUCCAACUACCUCGAAGGAUCUCUUUGCGUUAUAGUUUAUGUUAACAUCGCUAUUGCCGCGUAUUUUUACCCCAAUCCUCUUCCUCAAGGUCACAGUGGAUACCUAGGAGGUGCGGCUUUCGAUUCGAAUUCUCAAACGGUUCUUGAACAGGCAGCAAAGCCCCUUGUCCAUCCAGUCGAUGAUGAAAUGGAAAAGACUGAGAGAUGA